AAUAAAAAUUCAAAAUCUUCAGAAAUUUAAAACACCUAAAAAUUAACACAAAAAUGGAAGAGGAAGGUUUUAAAGAACAAAUUGAAGAAUACGUUGACCCGAACCCCGACAUCAAAGUUGGAAUAAUUGGUGAGUGUGGCUUAGACAGUCCAUGUAUUAUUCGAAAAAGAAAAGAAUACGCGGUCUGUACCCCAUUUGGAAAACCAUCCGACGUAAUUAUUGACGGGAUAAUUGAAAAUGUUUAUUGUUGUCUUCUGACGCGAAAUGGACGCCUUCAUGAUAUUAUGCCCACAAACAUUAAUUUCAGGGCCAAUAUUUGGGCCAUGCGAAAGUUGGGAUGCACACAUAUUCUGGUUACGCAUACAGUGAGUUCUCUGCGUGAAAAUAUUCAACCAGGAGUACUGGUAGUGCCACACGACAUCAUUGACAAUACAUCAAAACGUGUGCAGACAUUUUACGAUGGGGCUGUGGGCAGUCCCAUUGGUGUGUGUCAUCUGCCAAUGUAUCCAGCGUUUUGUGAACGUACAAGGAAUCAUUUAUUGAGAGCAUCAAAAGAACUUGAGUUACCGGUUCAUUCCAAGGGUACUGUGAUCACCGUAGAAGGCCCUAGAUAUUCUACGGUAGCGGAAAAUGAUAUGUAUCGUAAAUGGGGUGCUGACCUUUUAAGUAUGACCUUAUGUCCAGAAGCAAUUUUAGCUAAGGAAGCAGGCAUCUUGUACGCGUCGUUGAGUUUGGUAACGAAUAAGGAAUGCUGGUGUACUAAUCAGCCAAUAGCAACAACUCACGAAAUAAUAUACACUUUCAAGAAACAGUUAGUCAAUGUUCAAAAAGUUCUAAUCAAUGCUAUAAAAGGAAUUGCCAAGGAGGACUGGACAGAGGACAUAUUAAAAGCUAAGAUUUUAGUCUGCAGCAAUUUUUCUAACCGGAAUGAAUAGGAAAUUAGAAAUGAUUAAAUCAGUUGCAAGCAAAUGAUUAAAUUAGUUACAGGGAAUUUGCUCGAUUAAACAAUAUAAAUUUUUUAUUAAAAGCCAAAAUCAUU